CAUGAGCCAUGGCGUCUGACCUAUACUCAGAGGAUUUGACUUGCUCUAUUUGUCUGAAUAUCUUCACUGAUCCGGUGACUCUGCUCUGCGGCCAUUCUUUCUGCAGAUCAUGUGUUACAGCUGUUCUGAACAUACAGCAACAUUGUCCACACUGUCGGACAGCUGUUCUCACAAAAUCUCUUCCAACCAGCCAUAUUUUGAAAAGCCUCGCUGAAAAGGCUAAAGAAGCCGCGAAAAUAAAGCCAGGGCGCACAAGUGAGACAGCAGAGGUGGCUGAAUGGUUGUGCCCUGAACAUGAUGAAAAGCUGAAACUGUUCUGCAUCACAGAUCAGCAGUUAACUUGCAUCAUAUGCCGCGAUGGGGAGAAGCAUGAAGGGCACAAGUUUAAACCAAUCAAAGAAGCAGCUACAUCAGUUAGGCACGAGAUUGAAAAGGCUAUACAAACCAUUUCUGCUGAUAUCCACGCCAUAGGGAGCCAAGCCAACUCACAGAGGGAAGAAAUAACAAAAACCAGAGAGAAAUCUAAUCAGCUGAUGACCCAAUUAUGUAUCCAGUUUGAGGAUAUGCACCAGUUCUUAAGAAAUAGAGAAGAUGAGAUAAAGAAUGAGCUGAAACACAAAGAGGAAGAUGAUGUUGAGAAAAUGAGCAAGAGCUUAAAUGCUAUUGAAACAGCUUUGUCUGAGAGCAGAGAGCUGGAGGGAAAAGUGUCAUCAGUUCUGGAAAUUACCGACCCUGAGAAGUUCUUACAGAGCUGGACUGAGGAUUACAGAAUGCAUCCAGAACAUUUGUUCAGGCCCAGAGCAGGUGAUCUGCAAGUGGUGAAUACCUCUCUUUAUCUGGGGCCUUAUGAAAGUCACCUACAGUUCUUCAUAUGGAAGGAGAUGCUUCAGCUGAUCAAACCCAGAGAAGAACGGCUGUCACUCCAAAGCAACAGUGCAAAUAUAACUGUGUCUGAUGAUGGGAGAAGUUUGUUUUGUAAUACCAAUCCACAAACUACCAAAACUCCAAAAUCUUUCCCAUUUGGAAAUCCACAUUUUUCUGGCUUCAACACAGAAUUCGACCAAUUUGCAUCCCAUGAUUUGUAUGGCUCCAACAGAGGAUUCAGUCAUUUCAAAUCCCCCUAUACUCUUGGUGUACCUCCAGCCUCUAACGGUUUUAACUUCGGCACAGCAUCUGGCCCCCACACAUCUCCUGGACAGCGUGAUGAUGUUCAUUUCCCAUCUUCCUCAAGCAAAGACCAUGUAGUCAGUGUUAACAAGUUCACCUCAGGGCAGCAUUACUGGGAAAUAGAGGUUGGACAAAGAAACUAUUGGGAACUAGGGGUAAAAGAUCAUUUCUUAAAAUAUGAUGGCCAAAAAUAUACCACCUGUAGGUGAUAGGGUUUGGAGGUAGACCUCGAAAGAUUGGGGUUUACCUAAACUGCUCAUCCAAGAAGCUCUCUUUCUGUAAUGGAGACAACAUGACAUAUAUUCACACUAUGAGCUUUGAGCCCAUGUCCAUGCCAGUAUCAGCAUAUUUUAACAUUACAGCAGAUCGUAACCGCCUGACAGUGUGCUGGUACUGAGGUGCGGCAUAAAAAAAAACGGGCUAACAGGAAGUCAUUAGGCCUUUGUGAACAUAGGUCUACAACCAUGACAAUAGCUCUGUUAUUCUGUGUUAAUAAUGUUUUCCAUGUUCACCCAUCUUAGUUUAGCAUGUUAUCUUGCUUAUUAGCAUUAGUACAAUGAAUUGAAAUGUGAUUAUUUUGGAAACAAAACAGAAACAGCAUUCUUAAUGACAGGUGCCUCUGUACAUUGUUAACCAUGCAGACACAUUUUACAUGUUACUAGAAAAAGGACUUAACAAAAAUAUUACAUCAAACAUGAUCAAACACCAGUUGCUUCUUCCUACGGCUUCCUUUACAGGAGAUUAAUACAUUCAAUAUAACAAAUGGAUCGCAUCUAAAACACAUGAUCUUUUCCAGUGUAUUUUUCAAUGUCUGUUGAAUAUUUCAGAUAUAGUAUUGCUUAUGUAUAGUACUUGUGGUUAUGGUGUUUAGAGUACCAGUUAGAUAAACUAAGUGACUUUUUUAUGUUAAUUACUUAUUCUGAACUUUGCAUUUUGUGUUAUGACUUCAUUAUUUGUUUUAUCAGAGUGGUUUUUAUCAGUCAUUGAAGUAAGAUGAUUCCAUGUCUUGUGAUCACCACUGGAGGGCGGAGUUGUCCAGAGUUUGUUAUCAGGUGUCACCUGACCUCUGCUGUGUGAGGCUGGUGUACUGCUGUCAGUCUCAGGCUUGAUUUAAUCAGUUUACAGUGUGUUAAAAAAAAAAAAGACAACAUUUCAGAUUUAUAUUUUUUGGUACCUUUUUUCUAUAAUGUUUUUGUCAUCUUUAUUUGAAUAUUGGUUGGUUUAUGUUACUAUUUUGAUGAUUUCCCAUCAAUGAUAACAAAGGCUUCUCAGGACUUAAAUGACAUAUUAAGUAAUGUAUAUUUUAUAUUUUGUAUAGUUAAGUAUAUAUUAGUUAUUAGUAUAUCAUAUAAAGAAAUACAAUUUUCAUUCUUUGACAUUAUCUACAAGAUCCAGCCUAUUCUGACCUUUUUAAGACUUAUUUUGUUUUGUAAUGCCCCUUUCCUGAUUGAUUGUCUUCAUUGUUUUAUUGUAUUUUGUCCUUUGAUUAUUUUUUCAUUGAUUAUGUAUAAACACUGUAUGUAUUUUGACUUAAUUACUUAUUUUUGAGCAUUUGUUGCUUUUAAGUUAGUUUGUCACAAUUUCCUCUGUACACAUAUAUGUAAAAAAAAAAGAAAAAAAAAGAAACGAAAAACAACAACUUUAAAAUGGAGCAUUCAACAGUGUUGGUAGAGGCAAACAUCUUAAUAAAGU